AUGGUCUCAAAGGGGUUUCAAGAGGUCGAUUUCAUCGGUCCUGCGCAGAGAAUGCAAAAUCUGUCAACCGAUAAUGUCCCUGUUGAACCUCUCUCUGAGUUGGCCGAGCCAGAUCAGGAUCAGCAGCCACCGCCUCGCAACAAAUUUCGUCUCACUAUGAUUCUGAUUGCCCUCUACCUGUCGCUGUUCGUGGCUGCCCUCGACGCCACCAUUGUCGCUACUGCCGUGCCCAAAAUCACCGCUGAACUUCACUCAGCAGCCGGGUACAUCUGGAUAGGUGGUGCUUAUCUCAUAGCCAAUGCUGCAGCUGCUCCGAUCUGGGUCAAAUUCUCUGAUAUUUGGGGCCGCAAGCCGAUCUUCCUCAUUGCUGUGGUGGUGUUCUUCGCCAGCUCUGUCGUUUGUGCAGCAGCCGUCGACAUGCAGAUGCUGAUUGUUGGCCGCAGCAUCCAGGGCGCUGCUGGAGGUGGUCUUAUCUGCAUGGUCAAUGUCGGUAUCUCCGAUCUCUUCAGUGUGCGCGAGAGGAGCCUGUGGCUUGGUCUAUGUGAAGGAAUCUGGGCUCUCAGCGGCGCUGUGGGUCCUCUCUUGGGUGGUGCCUUUGCCCAAAAAGCCAGCUGGCGAUGGUGCUUCUACUGCAAUUUGCCCAUCGCUGGCACAGCUUUUGCGCUUCUGGCGCCCUUCCUCAACGUUCACAAUCCUCGAACGCCAGUCCUGGAUGGUGUCAAAGCUAUCGACUGGUUUGGUUGCAUCUCAAUUCUCGGUGUAACGGUGAUGCUGCUCCUGGGGCUUGACCUGGGUGGAUCUGUGUACCCAUGGGGUUCAGCCAAAGUCAUUUGCCUCAUCGUGUUUGGCGCACUGAUGGUGCUUGUCUUUAUCUACAGCGAAAAAAGAUUGGCGAAGUACCCCGUGAUUCCGCUGUCACUUUUUGGAACAAGGAAUACUGCAACUAUGCUGGUGACGUUCUUUCAUGGAAUGGUCUUCAUUGCUGCUGAAUAUUACUUGCCGCUGUAUUUUCAAAGUGUCAAGGAAGCUUCACCUCUCCGAUCAGGGGUUCUCUUGGUGCCACUUAUCGUCGCCACGGCAGGCACUGGAGUCAUCAAUGGCUUGAUUAUACAUCGCACAGGCCAGUACAGGCCCUCCAUGUGGAUUGGAACUAUUCUGAUGACCCUCGGAACUGGCCUCUUCAUCUCAAUGGGUGCACACACCUCAACGGGCACCAUUAUUGGGUUUGAGAUCAUCGAAGGCAUUGGUUCAGGACUGCUUUUUGAGCCUCCUCUUAUCGCAAUUCAACAAGGCGUUCACCAGGACGACGUCGGCACUGCGACGUCGACACAAUCCUUCAUUAGAGCCCUAGCACUCUCGUUAGGCGUCAUCAUAGGCGGCAUUGUGUUUCAGCAAAGUAUGGAUCUUCGACGCCCAACAUUGCAACAAAUGGGUUUGCCACCGUCCGUCGUGGAAGAACUGUCGGGCAGAAACGCAGGCGCCAACGUCAUGGUGGGAAAAGCCCUUCCGCCCGCCCAAGAACUUGCAGUCAAGGAAGCCUUCGCUUGGAGCAUAAGAAACAUGUUCAUCAUGUACACGGCUCUGGGUGCUCUCGCUGUUCUUGCAAGCGUCUUUGUCGUGAAGACGAAGCUCUCAAAAGAACACCGGGAAACAAUUACUGGUCUCAAGAAAGAGGAACCUAAGCCUUAA